AUCAAAGUUAAAACAAUGCGUCAUUUUGCAUCCAAUUUGCACACGGCAUCACCGUUAUCUAUAAAAACCGCGCCAAUGAUUUUCGAUCAGUUUGAGUGAAGAAAUUUGAGAAAAAAUCAAGUAUGAGUGCUUCCGAAGACCUAAUUGCUGCAGAAGCUGCAAAAAUGUCACUGGACGAUAAGAAAUCAAGCAUAUCUAGCUCCUCUUCUUCGAGCGCUUCGCACUGUCCUUGCUCCCACAUGAAGCCUCAGUUUUGUGGUGGCAACCAAAUGUUUGGUUGUUACCCUCCACCCCCAUUCAUGUUCCCCCAAUGGGGGGCGUUUUACUGCCCACCCCCUUGUUAUUUCAACUGCAUGCCGCCAAAAUGUUGCCAACAUCUUCCCUGCUGUGCCAAGAGCAAAAAAGCCGAAGAAUCUAAAUGUGACGAAAAGGAAUGCGAGUGUUGCAAGGAAGGAAAGUGCGAAUGUUGCAAAAGUGGCAAGGAAUGUGGAGCGAAAGAGCGGAAAGCCAGCACCAAAAGUGAUAAAAGUGACAAAGAGGGAGACGACGAGGAGGAAGGUGGCGAUGAGGAAGAAGGAGGAGACGAAGAAGAGGAAGACGAGUGAUUUUGAUUUGAGUGCAGUUUGUCUACCGUCGUAAUUUUGCUGUUGUAAAUCGUUCAGUUGUUCAAAUAAAGUUCUUGAAGGUCGA